CGACCGCUUCCCUCCUCCUGCAUCGCCCGCGGGCCCCCCCCCCCCCCCCCCCCACCCCCAACAAUGUCUUCCUCCGCUCGCUAUGCCAACUCCGCUGCUUCCUCAGUCCCCCACCACCACCAGGCAGCCUAUCGUGCUCCAGUGCCUGCCUCCAAUGCCCCUCCCGGCACCUUUGCCCCCGGGACGAAGGUCCAGGUCGGCAACCACAGAGUCACCAUCGAUAAAUACCUAUCCGAAGGCGGCUUUGCCCAUGUCUAUCUGGUCCGUGUUCCCAAGUCGGAAGAACGCACCCCAGAGAUUGCGGUCCUGAAAAGAGUUGCCGUACCAGACAAGGAGGCGUUGGCAAAUAUGAGGACGGAGGUGGAGACCAUGAAGAAGCUCAAGGGGCAUCGUCACAUUGUGACCUACAUAGACUCCCAUGCCUCGCAACUCAAGGGCGGAGGUUUCGAGGUCUUCCUGCUCAUGGAAUACUGCUCCGGCGGAGGUCUCAUCGACUUCAUGAAUACAAGAUUGCAGCACAGGCUCACCGAGCCAGAGAUUCUGCACAUCUUCUCGGAUGUCGCUGAGGGAGUUGCAACUAUGCACUACCUAAAGCCACCACUGCUACACCGAGAUUUGAAGGUGGAGAACGUUCUGAUAACAGCACAUGGAUCUUCUAGGAUAUACAAGCUCUGUGAUUUUGGAUCCACCGCUCCUCCGCGUCCCGCUGCAACGACCGCUGCCGAGGGCAGAUUGAUCGAGGACGACGUACAACGGCACACAACAUUACAAUACCGCAGUCCGGAGAUGAUCGAUGUCUACAGGAAACAGCCUAUUGACGAGAAGAGCGAUAUCUGGGCUCUAGGUGUUUUAUUGUACAAACUGUGUUACUACACGACGCCAUUUGAGGAAGUUGGAACCAUGGCCAUUUUGAACGCAACCUUCAAAUUUCCCUCAUACCCCGUAUUUUCAGACCGCUUAAAGAAGUUUAUCGCUUCGAUGUUGCGUGAAAACCCACAGCAUCGUCCCAACAUUUAUCAGGUCGUAGUGGAGGUUUGCUCUAUGCGGCACAGGAACGUCCCAAUCAAAGAUAUCUACUCUAACCGUAGCCAAUCCGAAGACCGAAGGAACCAGCAAUUACCCACGAACGAGCCGAUACAAUCUCCUCCGCCAGUAGUAGGAUUGCAGAAGGUCGCUCCGGUUCAGCAUGUACAAAGUAUACCAGACAUUGCCCCCAUGAGGCGGGGCAGACCUACUGCUCCAACGCAAAACCAUGGCUCUGCGAAGCCGAGCCCGUCUCCCAUGCGUGGAACGGCAUCAGACCCAUUCGCCGCUCUCGACUCCCAGAACGUGCAGGUCCGAAGCGCUGCCGCCGAUGAACUUGCAGCGAGAUUCCCUUCACUGGACGAGUUCUCGCUGUUGCACGACCGGGGCCAGAAAUUCGAAUUCAAUCAAGGGUCACCUCCUCUCACAGAGCCAAAACCGGACUCGAUGAAUAAGAGGAUUACACAGGCGCUGGCGGACGAUGCCUUUGGCAUGUUACCACCUUCAAAGACUGAUACUGCGCCUUCGUCAAACCCCGCCUCAAAGCCUACUUCUGCUGGCGUUUCGAGAAGUGCCUCUGUAAAGAAGCAACAGCCUACAACCAUUGAAGCUCCGAAGCCCAAACCUCCAAUCCUACAACCCAACCCGCAACGCCCGAAUAUGGUGUCAACUGGCAUCCAGACAUCACCGUCGCCUACUCCACCACCGAAUUCAGGAAAGUAUCCGGAUGUCAACAAGAGGCCAAUCUGGAGGGUCCCAGACUCGUCCCAUCACGCACGUGCUCUGAGCACACCGAGGACCUUCGACAAGCCACAACCGAGUCCGCUGUCAUUAAAGCCCGAUUUCACACUCCCAUCGCGGCCAUCGUUGUCUGAAGCAAGGUCAAAAUCGCAGACUGCCACGCUAACGAUCCCCAAAUCGCCUGCAUCAUCACGUCCAUCAUUGGAGAGCCAUCGCCCGACUGCAUUGGAGAUUGGCAACGCGAUCGAUAGGUCAAAAUCGGCGAAUGCUAAUGCUCGCCCGACUACCAUCCACGUGGAAUCCAACCUCGACUACCUCCGUGACCGCGAAGGUGCCCCUGGAAGGAACUUCGACGCACCCUCUCUAACACGAGGAAGGUCGUCUGGAAACGUCAACGACUCGGACUCAGACGAAGGAAAGAAGAACAUCUCGAGCGUCGACUUCCUGCGAUCCAUGGAGCAUGACCACACGGGCCAGAAGAAGCACCGCCGGAGCAGCAGUCUAUCGAAGCACGCGAAGCGUGCAAGCUUGUCCUCAAUAACCAGCGGAACCAAGAGCAUAGUCAAAGGCAGGUUCGGCGAAGCAUUCAGGAAAUUCGAGAACAACACGAGCCACCAGGAGCGCGAGCCCAUGCCACCGCUCACGCCAACCGACCAGCACAUCGACCCCCGAACCGGCCAGGCGCUCACCCCCAUCGCGGGCUCAGAGGCAACUGGCGACCUCUCCGACGACGACCGCGCCAUCGACGAGACCCAGGACCUCCCCCCCGAAGUCCGCCGCGAGCUCGAACGACGGCGCCUCUCCCAGGAAGAAAAGCGCGUCGCCAACGCCGCAGCCGAAUAUCGCAAACGGCUCGCCGAGCAAGGCGAGCACGGCAAAGGCAAAGCCGCACCCACGCGCGCCUCGACGAUCCAAAACCGCGUCCGGUCCCUCCUAGACGACAGCCAAAAGACAACCUCCACCCGCACGGCAGAAGGAUACGGGCAAUACACCGACAGCGGGAAACCCCUCCCGCUACGCCCUCAAGACCAAUCCGGCGCCACACGACAACAAACACAACAGCAACCACCACCCCCCAGCGUCGCCCGCAAACCCAUACCCAAACCCAUCCCCCAACAACAAUAUCACCAGCAACAACAGCAGCCUACACAACAACCCUCCCCAAACUUCCAACACCCCCCACCACCAUCCUCCACCUCCGCACCCCCAACACUACGCCCCCAGUCCCAACCACAAAAUCUCCAGUCUCAACCCCGCCCCUCCGCGCCCCCGAAGCCAAAAGCCCUCCGCACAGGCGGCUCCACACCCAUACCGCUCAACAAAGACAAACCGCUCCCACCACCCGUUGCGAGCCGCAGACAAGCGGCGGCAACGGAGGCGGGCGAGGCGGAGUUCGACGUCGAUAGCUUUAGCAAGAGGUAUCCCAGCUUGAGCGGGCUUGAGAUGGUGGAGACGGAGAUUCCUGCUGGGAGGGGCGGGGGUGUGGGGAGCGUUAGGGAGGUCUAAAGACGGAAAUCUGGAAGGGGGGUGGAUGGGGGAGGUGUUGAUUGAAAGAUUUGUAUAGACCGUACCAUGCAUUGCAUUACAUACAUGCGAAAAGGAGAUGGAGGAGGGUGGAGAGGGUAGGGGAAGAGGGUUUGGUCGAUUUAUGUCGUCGUAUAUAGACGGAGACAGUGAGAGACAGACGGAGACAGAUGGAGAGGAGGUACAGGAGGGAGAGAGAGGACGGCGAGUCACAUAGAAGAAAUUUGAUGGCAGUGUUCGAUGACAAUGUACAGUGUGGAGUGUGAGAUUGUGAGGUUAUGUCGUAUGCUUGAUGUUGACUGU